AAGAAAGGGGGAGCAGAGCGUGUGCUGUUGGCAGAGCGGAGAGGGGAAGUACAGACAGUGAGAGAUGUCCACCUGGAUCUGCUGUAGCUCCUGCUUUCACCCACCAGCAGCCAACUUUGGCCUUGCCGUCACCAGCUGCGGCCACAUUGUGUGCAGCGUCUGCUUUCAGAAAGGCAAACAAGGAGAGUGCCUCAUUUGUAAAUCAAAAUGUCAGGUUAGAGCACUUUCAGAAAAUAGCAACUCAGAAGUGAAGGCCUUCUUCUCUGACAUCAGUACUGUUACAACUAAAUACUUCACAGAAAUAAGCAAGGUGUUGCUCUUCCAGGCAAGACACAGAAAGAGGCUGUUGGCAUAUUACCAGAAGAAAAAUGAGAAACUGGAGGAGCUUUUAUAUAAGAUCAAGCAAGAAAUGCAUGACAUGAACAAGAAAGUAGCAGAGCAGAAGGCGUACAUUGAAAAGUUAGAAAAUGCACUUAAACAUCAAAGUACACGAAUAACCCCAAAGCCUCAUGUUCCUGCUGCCUUCUUAGGCCCCUUAGUGACACGUUCUGCUGUGCAAAAGAUCCCUUACACAUCCCCACUGUCCCUUUCACGACACCCGUCUUCACAGUGCCUCAGCGGUGCACCCUUCUCUAGGACUCAGCCAAUGGAUAUGAACGCAGAGGACCAAUUUAGGAAGCCAGAGAUCUCAAGAAGUGUUUCCAGGUUGUCCCUGAUGAGCCCCCCUCAGGAGGGAACCAUGGGUGCUGUGCUCUCUCGGUCUUCCAGUCAGAGUUCCCUGACCGCUGGAACCUUCUCCGCUUGCUCUUCUACUGCCAGCAGAGAGAAGUUCUUUAGUUUUUCAAACUACAGACAGAGUCCCACAUUGGCUCCUUCACCGGUCCCAUCCUUUCAGAGAGGGGCCACGUGGGAGACCCCUGCUUUCAAGCCUUCAGUGUCCUUUGCUUGUCCCACUGUCUCGUCUCUACGGCCGUGUCCUUUGAACCUUGCUCGGCUCCCGCCCAAGCAAGAAUAGGUUCGUAAACCGCAUUGUUCACUGAGAUGGGAAUCGCAGUGAUGUCCUGCUGCAUGUGUGGUUACAGCAGGAGAUGCAACAAUGUCA